GUUGGUUCGUAACUCGACUAAAAACCAAUCAAAGCAUGAUAUUUCAAUUUCAAGAACAUCAAACCGGCUCAGUUUAAACAUUGUAAACGUCUUGAUAACUCGUAUCGUUCACUUUUCAAAUUUUUUAUCAAUUAUAAUGAACUCGAAAGCUGCAAUUUGUGGUCCAAUAGUAGGUUCUAUAGUUCUACCGAACGCUGGCGGCUUUAUAGGUUAUUUUUUGGUGCGAAAAAAUGUAAAACCGAUGUACGAAAAGUUAAAUUAUCCCGAAUGGAGCCCCCCGCAAUGGCUCUCAAGUGCAGUGUGGCUGGGAUUGUAUUCAGGCAUAGGUUAUGGUUCAUAUUUAGUUUAUAAAACUGGCGGUGGACUCGAAGGGCCGGCAAAAUUACCGUUAACGAUGUACGCGGCUAAUUUGGUCGCGAAUUGGGCUUAUUGUCCGAUUUUCUUCGGCUGCGGAAACUCAAAAAUGGCAUUAAUAGAUAUUGGAUUAAUCGAAAUUACAGCAAUAGGAACUGGAUUUUUGUUCCAUCAAGUUAAUAAGACAGCAGGAUAUUUGUUCAUACCUUACAUAUUAUGGAUGGGUUAUGUUGCCGCUUACAAUUAUAAAAUAUUUAAAAACAACAAACCUGAAGUGAAGGUCAAUUAAUUUUUAUUUGAAUUACUUUCAAGGCAGCGAAUGAAGUAGUUUUGUUAUAUUAUUUCGGAUAUUAUUGAUGUUUUUUUUUAAAUAUAUAUUUUUGUUAUC